AUGUCAUAUUCGAAGAAGACUCCCUACAAAAAGCGCAAGGCUGACUACCGCCGCACCCCUGCGAAAGCAAGUUACACGAAGUCCAACGAAGACCGCGGUACACCUGACAAGUUUAUUGAGGAGAAAGUCAAGAAAGCACUUUCAAAGGCCAAUUGUGGGCCUUUACAAUCCGUCUUUGUGCGGCUGCUGCCGUGCUCGGUUGAUCGAACCGUUGAGAAUCCCGAGUUUACGGUUUUGCAAAACAACGAGUGGCCUGCGAGUGUGUGUGAGAAAGACCGUAUCUCACGCCGGAGGCGUGCGAUUGUUGCUAUUUGCGUUCCGCAAUGGCAAUCGGCAGGAUCUCCCGGCCACGACUGUCAGCCCACAGUUUCAGGUUGUGAGGACGGCAGCGAAGUUGCCCGCCAAGUUUCGUAUGAACUCUUGACGAAGGAUAAGCUUACGGAUGUUGUUGAUACUUCGGAGAAGCAUGGUUCAGCUCGUCAUAUUUGGUACCAUGACGGGCCCUUUGCUGUGCAUCACAACACACAGGGUGAGCCUGUCUGGAAGAGCGUCGAUGGGACAGCGUUUACAUCUCGCCUGAGCAAGGAGGAGGGUCGACCUAUGGGGAAAGUCCAAGUUCGUAUGGGCAACUCCGGCACCAAGUCGCUUGGGUCAGUGUGUAACAUGAAUUUGUCAUCGACCAGUCCAAUAAGGACAUUUACAACGCCAGGUCAAGUUAGUGUUGGUUCGUCGUUGGUCGGAAUGAAGUUCCGAUAUUUGGAUUUUUUCGUUACUAUUAACAGGUAUGAGCGGUUUCCGGCAGCGAGUCGUUCUCAGUCUGUUAGUGAACUGCCGUUGGAGUUAUUUCUAGAGUUUGACGGACCCGCUCCAAUCGAGAUUCAUUGUGCAGACAAGGCGUCGUCGUGCGGAGCGAUAACUGCAAUGGACAUGGAAUUUUACUAUGAGUGGGUCAACCCUAGCUCUCCCGUAGCUCCCGUUCUGGGUCCCACUCGGGGCCCCGCUUAG